CAGUUUCUUUGUAUCUCAGAGAAUAUUCUACGGCACCAUGCUAUCCAGAAGGUUCCCAGAGCCAGAUUUACACUGCAGCGGUCACUUAAUAUCCGCAUAUCUUCUACGUUUUGGUGCCUCUGGAAACUGGACGCUGUCAGUGGCAAUGGGACGAUUACUCUGGGUUUUCUAUUUGAAGCCUGUCAAUCCCCACCAAUCAAAAUCUGUUAUUACCUGCCUGCGAGAUCGAGUUAUUAUACUUCCUGACGGUGGUCGAGAUUACUGUUAUCUUCCAUCAAGUUCCUUGUAUGCACAAACGGAUCUUCUGUCACCACUGUCGACAGGAGCUGGACAUUUCUUCGCCAAGACCAUUAUAGAAGCGCUGGCGAUAAAUGAUGGGAUCAUCCUGGUCGUCAGCAACCGAGAUCUCGCUCUGAAAGGAAUACCUAGUAGUGGCGCCGCUCUGAGAACUCGAAGCAGCCAGAAGUUGCCCUGGAGUUGCCCGAGUACUCGGUGUCAAGUUUGUCGGCCCAGCAACACUUAUUGGUAUUUUGAUCCUUAGCUAACUCUUCCUUCCCAGGUAAAAGUACUUGUACCGGACGGUGCGCUUCCGAUGUCAUACAUGUUUUUCUUCCUUAUGUCUCGGCUCCGAAGUCCAAAGUUAUGGGAAUUCAAACCUGCCGAUUUUGCUUUGAUUUUACUUUGAUUUCGUCUGCGAUGCGUCGACCGACACCCGAUGCAAUGUCCCG